CGAAAGAUAUUAAAUUUACUUGAUAAAUGACUCAUUUUCUGUCGGUCGACCAAUUAAUUAAACUAAAUGUUGCAGUUCUAAACUCGCUAUUUAUUGUGUAAAAGGGCUGCUUAACAAUCUAAUCAUUUAUCGACACUACGACCUUGCAAACGUCAUGAGUUAACUGCUCACUGUUCCUAAACACAUCUCUGUUUCUCUGAACUUUCAGACGGCACUUAAACGCACCAUACUUCAGCUAGUCGGCUAGCAGUUUGGUAGCAACAACAGUCGUCCACGCCUUGUGUCUGUGCAGCUACGAAUGACUUGAUAACUGCGACUAUCGAAGUUAUCCUUCACCAGCACAGAUGGACGUCAGUGAACAUGUUCUAUCGGCGGGCAGAGCCGUGCUGGACAUGGUGGAGCGAGAGUGGCAGCCUCUGUCUCCGGGCGAGCUGGAGCAGCGGCUGGACCAGGCGGUGGAAGAGAUCCUGGAGGCUGACCUGAUAGCAAAACUUAAAUCUCAGCCUCCCCCGACGUUGUACGUACAAUUACUGCAGAGCCAACCUAACAUGGGGCCUCAGGUUUUACACACAGCAACAGCAGCAUGUAGUCCCCCAGAGGAAGACACAGCAGAGUCCCAGGAACAGCUGGAUACCGUGGACAGUGCAGCACUGAAGCGCAUCACAGACCUGCUUCAGAGCUCCAAAUCCCGGGCUAGAAUGGCCGGUCGGGCUCGUUUAUCUCUGUCUCACACCGUCCUUCUGUCCCUCACCCUGCUCUCCGAGCGCGUCAGCUACCGCUCUGUGUCCCGCCGCUUCCACCUGGAGAAAGGAAACAUCCACAGGAUCUUCUUUUCUUUCUGUGAGCGCGUCAACAUGCUGGAGGAGAGGCUAAUCAGGUGGCCAGUCGGUGAAGAGGUGGUAGAGUCUCUUUUCCCACUUUACAGUCCAGAGAAGGGGCAGAGGGACGAGGAAGAAAGUGUUCCCCAGGUCUUGGGAGUGUUGGGACACACCCAGAUCCCUAUCCGCCUGCCUAUAGGGAAACAUGAUGUGGAGAGCACAGUGCCUGAGGUGAAGAAGAUGAAGAAGGAGGCCCAUCCUGACUCCUGGUUAAACCUUGAACUUUUAUGUAACCGUAGAGGCCAGUUCCUACACUGCAGAAUCGGUAAAGGGUCAGACGUGGACAGAGGCAGCGCUCUUAGAGACAAACUUAAACAGCAUCCUGAACUGAUGCCUCCUGGCUCCUGCCUCGUAGCCAGAGCUGGCUACCCGCUCACUGCUCAGAUUUUAACUCCAUACAUAGCAAAUCAUGGACUGAGAGAAGAGCUCUUCAACAAAAUGCUGGACGAGCAUUUUCAAAUCCUGGAUCAGGCCGUUGCCAGCCUGAGAGCCAGAUUUCAGAGGCUUAGGUAUCUGGAUAUUGGGAACUAUGAUCGAGCCAGAGCCGUUGUGCUGACAGCGUGUGUGCUGCACAAUUUGUUUUUGGACAUGGGACAAGUGGUUCAAGGAGAAGUUAAGAAAGAGGAAGCGGUAACCCAGGAGGGAGAGGGGGAGGUGAAUGAUGAGGGUGUAAGUAGACGUGACGCCAUCUCGGAUUUGUUGUUGAAAAACUUUGAAUCAGGAAGCACAUGAUGUGAUGAUGUCUGUUAGAG